AUGCCACACGGAGGAGGCACGAGGGCUGGGAUACUGCCAGGUCGCCCAAGCCUAGACAGGGGAAAUAGAGAGGCAGAGGUCGGGUUCGAGCCACGGACCUUCCGUAUCUGGCAUUCCAACCUAACAUUGUUAUAUCUGCUGAUUUGCCAAUCUGAGGUAUCUGCUGUUGACCCGCUUCAGUGCCUAGUGCCGGAGAAAGACUCACAGAAGGGAACACGACAGCUGUAUGUCGAACAAGCGAGUCUGAGAGCGUGA